AACUUCGCAAGCCUUUGCAUGUUACGUAUGUGUCGUCAGUAGUUUGUUGCAUGUUGUAUGAGGUGCGCGCGCAGCGCCACGGCCCAUGUUCUUCGGAUGUCUCGCACAGACCGUCGGGAGCGCUUAGCCGCUGUGUGGAUAUGUCCGCCAUGUUUUCCAUGGCACAAGGAGCGGACCUACCGAGAAAAAAUAGCUUUUAAAUCAAUUUUAUCUCGACCAAAAAUGGAUUUUUACACUGGAUUUCGGUAGUAAAGGAGUCGAUGUUUCGGACCGUUGUGAAAAGAGGCGGGUCCCUCGCGGAUUUCUACCGAUUUUUUGACUGAAUUCUGGCGGGAUUCAUGUUUCCUCCACAUUUUAUGUUUUUGAGAUAGGCGAAAACAAUGAGUAAACUCUCGUUCCGGGCGCGAGCGCUAGACGCCGCCAAACCUCUCCCCAUAUACCGAAAUAGGGAUCUACCGGACCUAAAUGACUGCGUCUCGAUCAACCGGGCUGUGCCCCAGAUGCCAACUGGGAUGGAAAAAGAGGAGGAAUCGGAACACCAUCUCCAGCGGGCCAUCUCGGCGCAGCAGGUGUUUCGGGAGAAGAAGGAGUGCAUGGUCAUCCCCGUGCCGGAGGCCGAGAGCAAUGUCACCUACUACGACCGCCUCUACAAGGGAGAGUUCCGCAUCCCCAAGCAGCUCAUACACCUCCAGCCCCUGGGUCUGGACAAUGAGCAGCCAGACUAUGACAUGGACUCAGAGGACGAGACUCUCCUCAACCGACUCAACAGGAAGAUGGAGAUCAAGCCCCUGCAGUUUGAGGUCAUGGUGGACCGGCUGGAGAAAGCCAGCGCCAAUCAGCUGGUGACCCUCCCGGAGGCGAAGCUGCUGCUGAACGAGGAUGACUACCUGCUGAAGUCUGUGUACGACUACUGGGUGAGGAAGAGGAAGGGCAGCCAGGCCCCCUCGCUCAUCCCCUCGGUCAAGCAGGAGAAGAGGGACGGCUCCACCAACAACGACGCAUACGUGGCCUUCCGACGACGCACAGAGAAGAUGCAGACCAGGAAGAACCGCAAGAACGAUGAGGCUUCGUACGAGAAGAUGCUGAAGCUGAGGAGGGAGUUCAGCCGCACGGUCACCAUACUGGAGAUGAUCAAGAAGAGGGAGAAGAGCAAGAGGGAGCUGCUGCACCUCACGCUGGAGGUGGUGGAGAAGAGGUAUCACAUGGGCGACUUUUCAGGAGAGAUUCUCAAUGAAGUCAGUGCUCCACUGGCGGAGAAGCCGGUCUACCAGGCUCCCAUCAUACUGCCCAAUGGCAACCGCUACAAAGUGGAGAGCAAACUCAAGGCCCACAAGUCCAGCUCUCAUCAGCACCCGCACCACUUCUCCAUGAAGCCGGAGCCCCACUUCGACUUUGUGCGGCCGCACAAGAAGUACACAAAGAGGCCCAAGCUGGACCCGCUGCGGCCGCCGGGCCGCGUCGAGCGUCACCACACCGUCAACAAGGCCGACAUCAAGCAGUACGACUUCCACAGCUCUGGGGAGGACGACUACCCACUGUCUCCUGCUUCUGAGCCAGAUGAGGAGAAUGACCCAGACGGAGCGUUUGCUUUCAGGCGGAGGGCAGGCUGCCAUUACCUGGCUCCUCUGCAAGAGCAGAGUUCGACAUCCCCGUGGGGUCAUUUGGAGCUGCCUGGCGUGGACCCUCUGCGGCAGCGCCACUCUCUGACGGCACUCACCGUGCCGCGCCGUUGCAUAGGCCUGGCACGCCGGAGGGUUGGCCGCGGUGGCAGGGUUCUACUGGAUCGGGCCUCAUCCCAUCUGGACCGUGCCUUGCGGCUGCUGGACCCGGACGUCCUCUGCCGCUCCGCGUCCUCAUCAUCGUCGGCGUCGGCAACCCUGGAGCUUGACUUCGACCUUCCAGACCUCAGGCACGACUCCUCCUCCUCCUCCUCCUCCUUCUCUCCGCACAUGGCCACCAAGACCAACACCGCCACGUUCUCCACCACCUCUCCAACCUCCUCCUCCAUGCCGGCCAAGCGCUCGCUGGCUCAGCUCCUCAGCGACAUCCAGUCCUGCAGGUGGCGGUGCUUCAGGCCACGGCCCACGCCUGAGGAGCGCCAUGCGGAUGCCGCCAGGAAGGGCUCCGGCCUGCUCGCGGAUGGAAGGACACGAGAGUCCACGGCGGCCUCCAUGGCUGCUACGGACGCCACCAGAACUAAAGAGGGCAUGACUGAGGAGCAGUACCAGACCCAUCAGCAGCAGCUGGCCCAGAUGCACAAGCAGCAGCUCCAGCAGGUGCUGCAGAGGACACAGGCCAACACCACCACCACCACCACCACGCCCGAACGCAAGCCCACACAGACGGCCGUGACGUCAGAGGGGGUGCUGAAGGUCCUGGACUCUGCCAGUGCUCACUUUGCUGCGUCGGCGGUGGUCAGCUCUCCCAACAAUGAGAACAAAGGCCACCCACCCACAGUCAACGGCACGGGGCCUGGCUCAGGAGGUUCAAGAGGCCUGAAGUUCACCAGCAGCUCGUCUCAGGGUGGCGGAGGAGGAGCAGGCGGUGGAGGCUCAUCGUCCGCUCGCUCCUCCUCUUCCCCGGCAGGAGAUGGACAGUCACGCGGUGGAGGUGGAGGUGGUGGUGGCAGCAGCAACAUGAGUGGCAACGGCCACAGCAACAGUAAUGGUGGCGGGGGCGGGGGAAACUCUGCGCCCCAGUCCCUGCCGCGCGGCCACACCCACCUGGGCAGCGUGAGCGCAGUGUCCCCUGCUCACACGCACCACAGCGCGCGGCCCUCCGCCCCCUCACCCUCCGCCUUAAAGCUGGCCGCCGUAGCCAGCAGCCUGGACCGCGUGCCCAAGCUAACGGCCGCCAGCGCCGUAGACAGCCUCAGCAGGGAGAACCAUGAACCAGAGAGGUUGGCCCUCAAUGGCAUAUCAGAGACCACAGUGGCCAUGGAGGUGACAUAGCCCAGCCUGCAGCCACUGUGGCAAGCGGGUGGGUGGUUGGGUGGGUUGGGGCGUCACUCGCGCCACAGAACGGACUCAACUCUUGACUCACCUCCCAGAUGAAUGAAUGCAAGACCACUUCCUGCCACCAGAGGGCACAAUUCACAGAACUGAACUGAACUGUUGUACCUACAUUUGCAGCAUAUCAAAACAAGAGAUUUGUCAAUAUUAUACAUGUACAUUUUGUAAAAUUGGGAAUUAUCACUACCUUGUAAAAUAGUAUAUUUGUAUCAUUAGUAUGUUAUUUCUGUUACUUGAAUUCUAGAUACCUUUUUCAUCAUCAUGGCUUUUGCACUUGGAAAAAAAAAUUGCGAAUGAGCGCAUUCUCAAAAAAAAUCAUUCUUAAACAGGUGCAUCGGUUUGUUAGGAUCAUGAGCAUGAAAUACGAUCCUGCAUCACUCAUUUUACCUAUUUAUUUUAUGAUGUUUACAUUUUUGUAUCUUGUACAAAUAAAUCUGAUUUUGUGACCACAAAAUGCAGAAAUUGACGUAGUUAGAGUGUAUUAUGUUGUGCUUUUUUCUUGUUGCAAAAGGAAAAAGAGCCCAAUUUAAUUUGGUUUCACAAAUUGAUUUUUUUUCUUCCUUUCCUCGUUACUUUUCCCCUUUUUGUACAUAAUUAUGCGGCAUUUUCUCAUUUGCCCUCUGUCCAACAGAGGUGAUUAAAACAUUUUUAUUUGUUUUUUUU